CGCUCGUAUGUCGUGUGCCAUUGCACAACGAUUUAGGAUCUCUUUAAAUUAUUGACAAUCUCAGCGUAACCUUUAAUUCUUAUCUCACCGCGACUGACAGAUAAAAUUUAGAUUUCUUGUUUAUUCCUUAUUUACUCGUAGACGCGAAAAGAAAUACAGUUUUGGUUGAAAAUCCUUAUAGUGUUUUUUCACCAUGAUAGCAAGCACGGAUGAACUUUUGACUGAUGGGAAUCGCAGAUUUCUCGGGUUCCGUCACCUGCAAGUUCUGCUGCUAUUCCUCAUGCUGACAUUCUGUUUCGCAUUCAGAGUCAACAUCAGCAUGGCUAUAGUGGCCAUGACCGACGAUGCCGACGAGAACUCCUUCGACUGGAGCAUCAAAGAGCAGAGCCUGGUGCUGUCAGCCUUCACUUGGGGGUACGUGGUGACGCAGACGCCGGGCGGCGAGCUGGUGGCCAGGCUCGGGAGAAAGGUCCUCCUCUGCAACGCCUUGAUCACCAACUCGCUGAUAUCGUUCAUAUCGCCUAUUGGGGCUAAUUAUGGGGGCUGGCGACUGCUGUUCGCCUUCCGAGUGGUGCAGGGCCUGGGCCAGGGCAUCCUCAUGCCAUCCAUGCACAACCUCAUCGGCAAGUGGGCUCCAUUGGAUGAGAAGAGUCGUAUAGGAGCUUUGAUUAUUUGUGGAUGCCAAGCUGGAGUAGCUCUACAAAUGAUUCUAUCAGGGUACCUAGUAAACUAUUUUGGUUGGCCAUCCAUCUUCUACACUAAUGGCAUCAUGGGGACGGCCUUGUUGAUAGUCUACAUUAUCUUUGGAUCUGAUUCCCCUCAGUCCUCAAGGUGGAUCAGCGAAAGGGAAAGAUUAUACAUCCAGUCAUCGCUGGGACAGAUUGGAGGGCACAAAAAGCUAAAAACUCCUUGGAAGAGGAUGUGGACCUCCGUCCCGUUUAUCGCGCUGAUCGUGGCCAACUGCGCGCAGAGCUGGGGCCUGUGGACCUUUAUGACGCUGAUACCCUCGUACUUGAGCAGCGUCCAGGGAGUCAGCAUUAAGGCUAAUGGUGUCAUGUCUGCCAUUCCUUACAUCGCCAUAGUCCUCUUGAGUUUGCCGUUCGGGUAUUUUGCGGACUUAUCCAUCAAGAAGAAAUGGUGCAGCCUCACUGUUACAAGGAAAAUCUGCAAUACUUUUGGCUUCUUUGGCCCUGCGCUGGCGCUGAUUGGCCUGUCGUACGCGCCGGCCGGUGACGUCACGUCCGCUGUGGCUCUGCUCACCUUAGUGGUGGCUCUCAAUGCGGGACACUUCACCGGGUUCAUGCUGGGCCACAUCGACAUGGCGCCGAACUUCGCGGGCACCAUGAGUGGCAUCACCAAUGGGAUAUCCAACGUGUUCUCCAUCUUCGCACCCAUUGCUGCGGGGUGGAUCUUGAAGGAUGAGACGGAUGCAAACGAAUGGCGCAAGGUGUUUUACUUAUCUUCAGGAAUCUAUAUCGGCUGCAAUAUUUUCUACGUCAUCUUUGGAAGCAGCGAGCGACAAGACUGGAAUGAGCCUGAAACUAGUGAUGCCGAUAGUAUCAAGAAAGAAGAAGCAGCAAAGGCGUAAUUAACUAAUAAGCAUUAUGUUAAAACUCACCGUCUGAAUUUUGUAAAUAAAUUAAUUAAAAAUGUGAAAAUUAAAAAGUACAUUAUUAUUA